GAUGUAUCACCUGACUGGCCAACAGCUAUUGGAAUGAUUCUCCACGUGUGUGUGACUCUGUUGCGUUAUUGCAAAACGUGACAGGAUAGACCUGCCCAGCCAUUGUCGCUGAUGCUCAUUUGUAAUGCUGCCUUGAGGAGAUGAGAGCAAAUUGUUCGAGCAGCUCAGUGCACUCUGCCAACAGUUCAGAGGAGGAGCUGCCAGCAGGGCUGCAGGCACAUGGGGACUUGGGACUUGUUUUCACAGUGGCAUCAGCCGUGAUGAUGGGCCUGCUCAUGUUCUCCUUGGGAUGCUCCGUGGACAUCCGGAAGCUCUGGUCACAUAUCCAGAGACCCUGGGGCAUUGUCGUGGGCCUACUCUGUCAGUUUGGGCUCAUGCCACUUACAGCCUAUCUCCUGGCUGUCAGCUUUUCUCUGAAGCCAGUCCAGGCCAUUGCUGUCCUCAUCAUGGGGUGCUGUCCUGGGGGAACCAUCUCUAACAUCUUCACCUUCUGGGUUGAUGGAGACAUGGAUCUCAGCAUCAGCAUGACGACCUGUUCCACUGUGGCUGCCCUGGGAAUGAUGCCACUCUGCCUCUAUCUCUACACUUGGUCCUGGAAUCUCGCACAGACUGUCACAAUUCCGUACCAGAACAUAGGAAUUACUCUUGUGUGCCUGACCAUCCCCGUGGCCUUCGGAGUCUUUGUGAAUUACAGGUGGCCCAAGCAAUCCAAAAUCAUCCUCAAGAUCGGGGCCAUUGUUGGCGCGGUGCUCCUUCUGGUGGUCACGGUCGCUGGUGUGGUGCUGGCCCACGGCUCUUGGAAUGCAGACACCACUCUCCUGACCGUCAGCUUCAUCUUUCCACUCAUUGGCCACAUUUCUGGCUUUCUGCUGGCUCUACUUACACGCCAGUCUUGGCAAAGGUGCAGGACGAUUUCCUUAGAAACGGGAGCUCAAAACAUCCAGAUGUGCAUCGCCAUGCUCCAGCUGUCUUUCACUGCUGAGUACCUGGUCCAGAUGUUUAGCUUCCCGCUGGCCUAUGGACUCUUUCAGCUGGUGAAUGGACUUCUCAUUGUGGCCGCUUAUCAGACAUAUAAGAGGUGGCUGGAGAACAAGCAGAAAAGGAAGAACCCGGAGCGCGCCCAAGUCCGCAGCCAGCUGAAACCCAUGUCUGCAGAGGCCAGGGCCUUCCUGGAGGUGAAGGAAGAAGCCACUGUGGCUCCUCCAGGGCCGCCUGGGUCCGUGGACUGCGCCAGGGCCCUGGAGCUCCAGGGCCAGGUGGCUGCUGCUGGAGCACCUGCUGACCCAGCUGCUCGCUUCUCUCCUCCAGCGGCCAGUGAAGGCGGGACCGGGUUGAGGCGGGAGUCUCAUGCGUAG